CACACACCCCCACAGCCGCACGCUGCACACACUACUCUUAACCCCAAGCAAACGCUGCCACUGCCUCGGCAGCUGCUGAGUGCUGGACCUGCUGCUCUGCCUCGCCCAUCACCCGCCAGUGCCUGCGAGGAGAGGAGAUGCGCGUUCCUCCACCCCAGCUGAGAGGGUCCUGGACCCACCUCCAGAAACUUCUCACCUCCUGGCUGUUCCGAGAGAAAGAGUGGGACCAGCGUCUGGACGAGGCCUAUCUGCUGCAACAGAAGAGGAUUCGAGAAUCGCCACUGCUCUGGGCAGCCAAGAACAAUGACCUGUGCGCCCUGAAGAGACUUUUGCUGGACAGAGCCUGCGACUUGCGACAAAGAGGGGCCCUGGGGGAGACGGCGCUGCACAUAGCAGCCCUCUACGACAACCUGGAGGUGGCCAUGGUGCUGAUGGAGGCCGCCCCGGACCUGGCCUUGGAACCCACCCUGUAUGAGCCCUUCGUAGGCCAGACUGCGCUGCACGUGGCCAUCCUGAACCAGAACGUGAACUUGGUGCGAGCCCUGCUCGCCCACGGGGCCAGCAUCUCUGCCAGAGCUACAGGCUCAGCUUUCCGCCACAGCCCCCACAACCACGUCUACUUUGGGGAGCACCCUCUGUCCUUCGCUGCCUGCGUGGGCAACGAGGAGAUCGUGCGUCUGCUCAUCGAACAUGGAGCGAACAUCCGGGCCCAGGACUCCCUGGGAAACACAGUGUUGCACAUCCUCGUCUUCCAGCCCAACAAGACCUCUGCCUGCCAGAUGUACAACCUGCUGCUGUCCUACGACGGGCGCGGAGGCCGCCUGCAGCCCCUGGACCUCGUGCCCAACCACCAGGGCCUCACCCCCUUCAAGCUGGCGGGCGUGGAGGGCAACACUGUGAUGUUCCAACACCUCAUGCAGAAGCGGAAGCACAUCCAGUGGACCUGCGGGCCGCUGACCUCCACUCUCUACGACCUCACAGAGAUCGACUCCUGGGGGGAGAAGGUGUCCUUUCUGGAGCUGGUGGUCUCCUCCAAGAAGCGGGAGGCUCGCCAGAUCCUGGAGCAGACGCCCGUGAAGCAGCUGGUGAGCCUCAAGUGGAAGCGCUACGGGCGGCCCUACUUCUGCCUGCUGGGCGCCCUGUACUUGUCCUACAUGGUCUGCUUCACCGUGUGCUGCGUCUACCGCCCCCUCAAGUUCCGCGAUGGCAAUCACACUGCGUCCCGAGAUAUCACCAUCAUGGAGCAGAAGCCACUCCAGGAGGCCUAUGUCACGGAACAGGACAAAAUCCGGCUGGUGGGGGAGCUGGUGACCAUCAUCGGGGCCCUGAUCAUGCUGUUCCUUGAGAUCCCAGACAUCUUCAGGGUCGGCGCCUCUCGCUAUUUCGGACAGACUGUCCUCGGGGGGCCAUUCCAUGUCAUCAUCAUCACUUCCGCCUCCCUAGUGCUGGUCACCAUGGUGAUGAGGCUCACUGACACCAAUGGGGAGGUGGUGCCCAUGUCCUUCGCCCUGGUGCUGGGCUGGUGCAGUGUCAUGUACUUCGCCCGAGGGUUCCAGAUGCUGGGCCCCUUCAGCAUCAUGAUCCAGAAGAUGAUUUUUGGAGACCUGCUGCGUUUCUGCUGGCUGAUGGCCGUGGUUAUUAUGGGAUUUGCCUCGGCCUUCUAUAUCAUCUUCCAGACACAGGACCCAAGCAAGUUGGGGGAAUUCUAUGACUUCCCCACAGCGCUGUUCAGCACCUUCGAGCUUUUCCUCACCCUCAUCGACGGCCCCGCCAACUACAACGUGGACCUGCCCUUCAUGUACAGCCUCACCUACUCUGCCUUCGCCAUCAUCGCCACCCUGCUCAUGCUCAACCUUUUCAUCGCCAUGAUGGGCGACACUCACUGGCGGGUGGCCCAAGAACGGGACGAGCUCUGGCGGGCUCAGGUUGUGGCCACCACGGUGAUGCUGGAGAGAAAGAUGCCGCGUUUCCUGUGGCCUCGCUCGGGCAUCUGUGGCUGCCAGUACGGGCUGGGCGACCGCUGGUUCCUACGAAUCGAGAGCCUCCACGACCAAAACUCCUUGCGAGUGCUGCGCUAUGUGGAAGCUUUCAAGCCCUCAGACAAGGUGGAUGAACAAGAGCCUCUUUCUGAGAAACAUCCUUCUGUGUUUGAAAGUGGCACUCUAGCCAGAGCCUCCAUGACUCUGCCCACGCCCUCCCUGUCCCGGACCACAUCCCGCAGCAGCGGCAGCCACCGGGGCUGGGAGCUCCUUCGUCGUAACACCUUGGGACACUGGAAUCUUGGACUGGACCUUGGCGAGGGGGAUGGAGAUGAAAAUCUUUAUCUAUGAUCAGGACCCCUGUUACUCUCGACAUGGCUCCAGGUGGCCUGGGGUGGGAGGCAGACAGACCUUUUCCCGGGCCAGUAUCUGACUCCCGUGCAGGUAAUCAUGGGAGGCUGUGGGCAGAAUAUUUCUCAAAGACCACGUCUCAGCUUUCACCUCAGCAUUUCUGGAGACGGGCCAUGGGCCUGUGUUGUCCUACACAUGCUCUGGAAGUCCCAUAGCUUGGGAAAAGAAGGUCUCUUUUCUAGCCAAGUUGGACUUGGCCAUCCGAGACACGAGAUGGGGAUGCUACGCUAAGGAUGUCUGCCCCCUGCAGGUACUAGGAAGUAGUCAGUGUUGGAGCUCCAAGUGCUUAUUGUGGGAGGAGCCGGGCUGCCCGUGCGUCAUGUGGGAGGAGCCAGGCACAGCGCUCCGGCUGGGGCUCUUGUCUGUUUUCCUGCAGCCCUGAAGCACUCUCUCCCCACCUAGCAACCAAACGGCAACUGGCAAACUGUAAGAAGAAAGGCUUUUGAUACUUGCUUUAUUUUUUUUAAGUUUAUUGUGGUAAUAUGCACACACAGUUUAUCAUUUUAAUCAUUUUUAGGUGUACAAUUCCACAGCAUUAACUACAUUCACAUUGUAGUACCACUAUUACCAGUAUUUAUUUAUCUAUAGAACGUUCUCAUUAUCUCAAGUUAAAACUCUUGUACCCGUUACACGUUCACUUCCCAUUACCUCCUCCCCAUAGUCCCUGAUAACCAAUAUUCUACUUUCUGUUGUAAAUUUCACUGUUCUCAGCACCUCAUAAAAGGGAAAUCAUCCAGUAUUAAUUCUAGUGUGUCUGCAGUAUUUCACGUACCAUAAUGCUUUCAAGAUUCAUCCAUGCUGCAGCAUGUAUAAGAAUUUCAUUCCUUUCCGUUCUAAUUUAAUUGUAUGCACACACAAGUUUUAUUUAUCCGUUCAUCCAUUGUUGCACAUUUGUUUCCGCCUCUCGUCUCUUGCGAGUAGUACUGUUACAAACGUUGGCGUACAGACAUCUAAGUGCCUGUUUUCGGUAGAUUAUACCUACAGGUGAAAUUGCUGGAUCUUAUGGUAACCUUUGCUUAAUUUUUUUGAGAAACUGCCAUACCCUUUUCCACAGUAGCUGUGCUGUUUUAUAUCUCCUCCAGCAAUAUAUGAGCAUCCCAUUUUCUCCACAUCCUCACCAAUACCUGCUACUUUCUGUCUUUGCUGUUGCUUCUGUCACUGGCCCUCCUAAUGCAUGUAAAGUGAUACCAUAUUGUGGUUUUGAUUUGCAUUUUCCUUAAUGCCUAGUGACACCGAACUCCUUUUUCUGUGUUCAUUGGCCAUCUGUAACACAUUUUUUUUUUAGAAAUGUCUGUCGAAGUCCUUCGCCCAUGUUUGAAUUGUGUUGAUAUUUUGUUGUUGUUUCUGAGUUGUCUUAUUCUUGCUUUUGGAGUCUAAAAUGUUUGUAUCUCAUUUGCAUCCUGGUGUGUUUUUAAAUAUAUGGGGUAAAUUUCGCCUUU